GAGGCUCUUUCAAAACUUUCUUCAAGUGUGCAGCAGUGCACCUUCAGACUUAGCACUGCUCCCUUGGAGGGAUAUUACACUGAAACUGAACACCAUCGCUUUAAGUUCGCUAUAUAAACAUAAGCUAUCAUUUUUACCUGAAAGCGUGUGCGUUAUUCUUUGCAGGUAUAGACAGACACAGGAGGACACAAACUGGACUGAAGUAAAAACAACUGGAAAGUCGAAAUGAAAGCAAUUAAUCUGGACACCUACAGCCUGUCACUGCUCACAGCGAAAGAGGACAUUCUAAAUCCCCGGUCAUCAACCAACUGGGCCCUGUUUACAUAUGUUGGCAUCACCAACAACCUCAAACUGUCUGACUCGGGAGUGGGUGGUGUGAGUGAACUGGCAGGAAAGUUCCAUGUGAUGCGGCCUCUGUAUGGGCUGUGUCGGGUGGGGAUGGAUGGGCAGGGACCAUCCCGUAUUGUGAUGAUAAUCUGGGUGGGUGAGGGGGUGGAUGAAUAUCGCAGAGCGGAAUGCGCCAGUCAUGUGCCUGCAGUCAAGACUUUCUUCAAGGAGGCUCAUGUUUUCGUAAAUGCCAGCAGACCAGAGCAAGUGACUGAAGAACAAAUCAGAGCCAUCAUUGGCAAGCUCAAUGCUCCCAAAGAGAGAGUCCAACGGGGCUCUUUGUCAGUGGUUAAGGAGGAAACUGUGGGGACUAACUAUAAGAGAACAAUUGCUGCUAUGGAGGUUCAAAGGUUCAGCAGAGACUCUUUCUGGGCAUGUGCAGAGAAAGAGGAGGAAGACAGGAAAGAAGAGGAGAGUCGGCGAGCCAUAGAGGAUCGAAGGAGAAGGGAGAGAGAGCGAAUCCAACAGGAACGCAGAGAGGCAGAGGAGAGGGAAAGGAAGAUGAAUGAGAAAGAACAGAUGAUACAGAAGCAGAGGAAACUACAAGCCGAGAUUGAGGCAGAGGCACGGAGACAGGAGAAAUUAAAAUGGGAGCAGCAGCAGAGAGAGCAUGAGGAGAAGAUGAGGGCUCGUUUCCGUCACAGUGAAUCUAUUGAGAAGGCAGCAGAGGCAGCAGUACUGGUCUCACAGCGCUCCAUAAAUCCACGGGAGUUUUUCAGGCAACUGUCAUCCUCCUCCUCUCACACCCCUUCAAACCCGAGCUCUCCCCGUGCAGUCAGACCUCCAUUCCGCCGUUAUCAGCGCAGCUUGACUGACACAGCAUUUAUCUUUGGGAGGUCAGGCUCUUCCACUCCCUCCUCCCCUCGCAGUCCCACAGUGGUUUAUCCCUUCAGCCGUACCCCCACCUCCCCCUACCACGGAUCUCUGUCUCCUCCCAGCCCAGAAUGCUCUGAUCCAACUUUCCGGCCAAUCACUCUGCCCCACCAGCCCCACGCCCCCCUCGUGAUGCCUUCCACUUCACCUCAGCGGCCCGCCCCUACCUCCCCGCUACCCAGCCUGCCUCCUUCCAGGCCCCUCCCACCCCUCUCACCCCAAUGUCAGCCCCUCUCUUUGCCCCAUGGUACAAGCAUCCCGCAGCCCCAUAUCUUGGUCCCUCCCUCCCCCAUCCCUCCUGCUCCUCCUGCCUCCCCAGGUCCCCUCCCCAGCUUUUCUCAAUCCCAGUCGUCCUCCCUGCCUUCCCCUUGCCCCCUGGAUUCUCCUCCCCCUGUAGAAGCUCCCACCAGGCCCCUCCCUGAGAUCACGAAGGUUACCUCUCUGCAGUGCCUUUCACAGACUGAAGGACAUGAGCCUCCCUCCCAGAUACAGAGUGACUCAGAGGUGCAGGCCCCAGUGGUGGAAGAGAAGAAAUGGGAUGAUGAAGAGACUGGAGCUCCAGAGAAGGAAGUGCCAAGUUUGCAGGCUAGUGAGACUGCUACUGCUUUAGCAGGGAGAGAGAGCUCACCUGUAGUGGAUUUCCAGCCCUCCAACGUGACUGUGGAGGAAACAGUACCUGUGCUGGACUCCGCUUCCUCAGGGGAGGAAGACCUAGAAUCAGAGGCUGUGCCUGAAGGAGAACCAUCAGCAGAUGAUGGAGAUGAGAAUGAGGAAGAAGAAGAGGAAGAGGGGACAGUCCAGCCUGCCUCAUUACAGGAGCCAAUCCUAACUGGAGAAGCUGAUGAAGGGGUGGAGCUUCAGACUGUCUGCCACCCAUACCAGGAAUCUUGUGAAACAGGUGAGGUUGUAGAUGAUGGGAAUAUACCACAGUCCCCACCUCAGGAGCUGUCCUCACUGACAGCCAAUGGAAUGAGUGCUGAACCAAGGGGGAGGGAUGAAAAUGAUGAAAAUGGAGUUUCUUUGGAAUCACGUGGUACAGGGGGAAACCUCAGUCUCUCUGAACUGGAUGAUGACUCUGGGCUGAGCCCUUCCACCAAAAGGCAUGCUGGAAUGGAGGAGGUCAUCACAGAAAAACAGGGGGAAGUAAAAGCAGAAAAUGGAGAAGAGUUACACAAGUGCUUGGACACAGAUGGUCAACUGCAUGUGUAAGAGCACUGUAUAACUACCAAGCAGAACGUGAAUCAGAGCUGUCCCUGGUGCCUGGAUACAUCAUCAGUGUGGUGGAAACUGUGGACAAGGCCUGGUGGAGGGGUUGCAACAAAGAUGGUCACCAGGGACUCUUUCCUGCCAACUAUGUGGAGACCAUCUAGGGAGGAAACAAGCUACCAAAUUACUGACAGGAAGACAUACCAGGAAGAUGCUCAAAUAAGUGCUUACACAUUUGAUCCCCCAGGGACUGGAACCAUGCAACAAAUUGACAACCGUGGGUGUACACGGCACCGGGGAUCAGCCACCAGGGCUUGAGAUUAACACCUGCCAAAUGCGGGCAGAAAUACUUAAUUAAAUACAUAUUUUCUCUCUCUCUUCUAUCUCUCAUAUGAUGGGUUCUGUUAAAAUAAAUUUACAUCUCUUGCUGGUGAAAAUGCUGAGUGGCUAGUGAAAACCACUCACCACAGUGGCUGAACCAAAAAGUUAAUGUCAAGCCCUGGUAGCCGCAGAUGGCUUCAACCACAUUUAACUGUAUCUCAUGGAAAUAAUCUCAAAAUAAUCCGCUAAUGAAAAACAGUUAACAGGUAUCUAGAGGAAAAAAAAUAAAAAGAAUAACAUGUGCUCCCGUGUUAAAGAAGAUAAUCUAAAAUUGUGAGAGUGUUGCAACAACAGAGUAUAGAUUGCAAUUCAAUGUGAUUACAGUAGGUCAUUAAAGAAGGUGUGGUUUCUGUAAAUAAAAGGAUUAGAACACCCGUCCGGUACAAAAAGACAUUUCAUUGCACUUCUGACUGUAUUUGCAUUACGUAACAACAUCACCUGGCUGUCUGCUGUAAUGAAGGUUUGUUUCACCUCUUGUAGAUGUAUUGCUGUGUCAGGGUGAGCGUUUGGAUUUUAUGUCGUUUGUCAAGCAUGCUAUUGCACUGAAAGCUGUGUGUCCUGCGAUGGAGUAAUUGCAAAUGUAAUUGGACCCAAUCAAUCAGACAAUACCUGUUUCUUGCUGUUUGAAUACCUACUAGCAGUUUGUCAAUUAAUCUAUUAUGCCUGAAUCUGUUUAGCCCCUUUACCAAGGUUUGUGAGUUGUUGUGACGUGGAAAACCUGCUUAGCCUCAGUCACAGUCCUCCGGGCCUGGCACACUGAAGCCCUGUUCUAAUUCACUCCCCAUUUGAAACCUGAAACUGUAUUACUAUAUGCCGUGUGUCUUAAAUUUCUUGUUGUGUGUGUUUGUGCUUUAACAAGUUUUUCCAGUCUGCAACCCAGUUUCACUCCCAUUGCAACUGCUAUCAUUAUGGAAUUAAAUCUGUUCAAAGCA